UUAAGCUUCUUAUAAAUACCAAACCUAUCCAAACGUUUCUUCAAGUCCAAGCAGCAAAAGAAUAGUGUCAAUUUCCAAUCGCACAUUAGCACAGAUCUAGUUUAACUCUCUCCCAACGUCUGCAAUUAACAUCCAGCAAAAAUGGCAAUGAUCCCAAGCUUCUCUGGUGGCCGACGAAGUAGUGUCUUUGGGCCUUUCUCUCAAGACAUCUGGGACCCAUUCAAGGAUUUUCCAUUCCCCUCUUCACUUUCCUCUUCAUUCCCACAAUUUUCUCCGGAAAACUCUGCAUUGGUGAACAUCCGGAUAGACUGGAAGGGAACCCCAGAAGCUCAUGUGUUCAAGGCCUAUCUUCCGGGCCUAAAGAAUGAGGAAGUGAAGGUCGAGAUUGAAGACGACAGGAUGCUCCUCAUCAGCGGAGAGAGGAAUGUGGAGAAGGAAGACAAGAAUGGCACGUGGCACAGAGUGGAGCACAGCACUGGGAAAUUCCACAGGAGAUUCAGGCUACCAGAGAAUGCCAAAAUGGAGGAUGUUAAGGCUUCCAUGGAGAAUGGUGUUCUCACUGUCACUGUUCCUAAAUUGGUGGUUAAGAAACCUGAUGUCAAAGCCAUUGAAAUUUCUAGUUGAUAUCCCAAAUUUGUGAUUCUAUUUGUCUCUGUUUUUAAUUUUUUUUUUCUGGAAUUUGCUACCUACCUAAAGCACACCAACUUUGUAAUGUGGUUUCAACUAUAGUAUAGUUGGAACCAAAAUAUGUAUAAAUCUUUUG